AUGCCUUUCUUGGGCAAGGACUGGAGGUCGCCAGGAUGGAGUUGGACCAAGACUGAACAUGGCUGGAAAAGGAUCAUCUUCUAUGGACAUGACAUGGACGAGAUCCACAGAGAGAUCGACUUGAACUUAUUUACCUGCGACGACAAAGAAAAUCUAUUCGUGGAGGACAUUUGUGAGCUUGCUAGCGUCAAAAGGCGGAAGAACAUCUACAAUCACAACACCAAAUCUCAGUUUGUUUUCAGGGAUAAAUGGAUCUACGUGCAGAAAGGCAGCACAAAGGAGCGUCAUGGAUAUUGCACCCUUGGCGAAGCGUUGAACCGCCUGGACUUUUCCAGCGCCAUCCACGACUUGAGGAGGUUCAACUACGUGGCAAAACUUUUUCAGUUAAUUGCCAGAUCCCAGCUGACAUCCUUGAGCGGAGCCGCCCAGAAGAAUUAUUUUAACAUUUUAGAAAAGAUUGUACGAAAAGUUGUGGAGGACCACUACAACCCGCGGCUGGUCAAGGAGCUCCUGCAAGAUUUGAGCGCGACGCUACACAGUCUGACGCUGCACGUGGGCCGAUGCGUACUGGUGGGCAACGUCAGUGUGUGGCUGUGCCGGCUGGAGAAUAUUCUCAAGUGGCAGCAGCAGCUCAAUGACCUGCAGAUUCCCAAGCAAAUGUGCCCUGGCAUGUCGAUAAGCGACCUGCCGCUGUACAUGCAGAACAAGAUCCUCUACAACCUUUCAGACGCCUGUGACAUCAUCAACCUGGGACAGGCCACACCCACGCUGCACAUCCUCAGCGAGAACCGCACACUUUGGAAGCGGCUGUGCCAUUUCCACUUCUCCGACAAGCAGCACACGUCUCGGAAUUUGGUUCUCACUAAAAGCGAUAGCGUGGACUGGAAGCUGAUGUACUUCACCCUGCAAAAGCGUUACCCCAUGAAGGAGCAGUACGGCGACACGUUGCACUUCUGCAAGCAUUGUAGCAUUCUCUUCUGGAAGGAUCACCACUUGGCCUUAUUGUUAAAGGACUGUGGCCACCCGUGCACCGCCAACGACCCGGACGGCUGCCUCGUACCGAUUUCGCCGCAACACUUCAUCGAUCUGUUCAGGUUCUAG